CCGAAUUAUGAUUGGCUGCGUCGCAGGGAAGUGGGCGGGCGCGGGUGCGUCCCCUCGCUGCUGUCAUUCGCUCAAGACGGCGCUUGUUCCCGUGGCGGAGUGGUGUGGUCACAGCAACGGAGUACUGCGGCAGGAGCGAGGCAGAGGCUGCGGAGGGAGCGAGAGGUAGUUGUGCGGUCCGGUUAGUGCGUCUGGUCUUUCACCGUAGGAGAGCGACGGAGAGGAGGAACGCGUGCCCAUGCGUGAUGCUCCGCUUGAGACCGCAACAUUUCAUCUGACAGAGGAGGAGAGACGCUUGUAGCUGUAGCCUCACAAGGCAGAGGCUUUUAGACACAAACACACCGCGAGAGGCUGACACCUCUCAAGCCCAGCAUCACCUGAGAGGAGAAGACUGACUGCGCCAACAUGGGGUAUGGGCGGUCAGACAGUUACCGCGUUGCCACCACACAGGACAAAGAUAAGAAGCGCUCCCCCAAGAAGAAGCCGGGGGUCAAGGACAUGGACGAACUGAAGAAGGAAGUUCCCAUCACGGAACACAAGAUGUCCAUUGAGGAAGUUUGCCGGAAAUUCCAGACUGACAUCGUCCAGGGAUUGACCAAUGCCAGGGCAGCAGAGUUCCUGAUUAGGGACGGCCCCAAUGCCCUCACCCCUCCUCCCACCACCCCGGAGUGGGUCAAGUUCUGUCGCCAGCUGUUUGGUGGAUUCUCCAUGCUGCUGUGGACAGGCGCCAUCCUCUGUUUCCUGGCCUACGCCAUCCAGGCAGCCACAGAGGACGACCCCGCAGGAGACAAUUUGUACCUAGGUAUCGUGCUCACAGCCGUCGUUGUCAUCACUGGAUGCUUCUCAUACUUCCAAGAGGCCAAGAGCUCCAAAAUCAUGGAGUCUUUUAAGAACAUGGUGCCUCAGCAAGCGUUGGUGAUCCGUGAGGGGGAGAAGGUUCAGAUCAACGCUGAAGAGGUGGUGGCCGGAGAUCUGAUUGAAGUGAAGGGAGGAGACAGGAUCCCUGCUGACGUCAGGGUGGUGUCCGCUCAUGGCUGCAAGGUGGAUAAUUCCUCCCUGACAGGCGAGUCAGAGCCUCAGAGCAGGUCACCUGACUGUACCCAUGACAACCCCUUGGAGACCCGCAACGUUGCUUUCUUCUCCACCAACUGUGUGGAAGGAACUGCACGUGGCCUCGUCAUCUGCACCGGAGACCGCACAGUCAUGGGUCGCAUCGCCACGCUGACCUCUGGCCUGGAAACCGGCAAGACCCCCAUCGCUAAGGAGAUCGAGCACUUCAUCCAGAUCAUCACGGGCGUGGCCGUCUUCUUGGGCGUCACCUUCUUCAUCCUGGCCAUCGUCCUGGGUUACUCCUGGCUGGAGGCCGUCAUCUUCCUCAUCGGCAUCAUUGUGGCAAACGUGCCCGAAGGGCUGCUGGCCACAGUCACUGUGUGUCUGACCCUGACCGCCAAACGUAUGGCCAAGAAGAACUGCCUGGUGAAGAACUUAGAAGCUGUGGAGACCCUGGGCUCCACCUCCACCAUCUGCUCUGACAAGACCGGCACCCUGACCCAGAACAGGAUGACUGUGGCCCACAUGUGGUUCGACAACCAGAUCCAUGAGGCCGACACCACCGAGGACCAGUCUGGUGCCUCAUUCGAUAAGAGCUCAGUGACAUGGCAGGGUCUGUCUCGUGUCGCCGCUCUGUGUAACCGCGCUCAGUUCAAAGCCGGACAAGACUCAGUGGCCAUCCUGAAGCGUGACGUUGCUGGCGAUGCCUCAGAGACGGCCCUGCUGAAGUGCAUUGAGCUGUGCUGCGGCUCCGUGAGGGCAAUGAGGGAUAGGAACAAGAAGGUGGCUGAGAUCCCCUUCAACUCCACCAACAAAUACCAGCUCUCAGUGCACGAGACCGAGGAUGUCAAUGACAACCGCUACCUGCUGGUGAUGAAGGGCGCCCCCGAGAGGAUCCUGGACCGCUGCAGUACCAUCAUGCUACAGGGCAAGGAGCAGCCCAUGGACGACGAGUUGAAGGAGUCUUUCCAGAGUGCUUACAUGGAACUGGGAGGACUGGGAGAGAGAGUGCUCGGUUUCUGCCACGUGAUGCUUCCCGAGGACCAGUACCCCAAGGGCUUUGCGUUUGACUGCGACGAUGUCAACUUCCAGACCGACAACCUUUGCUUCGUUGGCCUCAUGUCCAUGAUCGACCCUCCCCGUGCUGCUGUGCCUGAUGCUGUUGGCAAAUGCCGAUCUGCUGGUAUCAAGGUCAUCAUGGUCACUGGAGAUCAUCCAAUCACAGCCAAGGCCAUCGCCAAGGGGGUGGGCAUCAUCUCCGAGGGCAAUGAAACAGUGGAGGACAUCGCAGCUCGUCUCAAUAUACCUGUCAACCAGGUCAACCCCAGGGACGCCAAGGCCUGUGUGAUCCACGGCACCGACCUCAAGGAGCUCUCUCAGGACCAGAUGGACGACAUCCUGAGGAACCACACAGAGAUUGUGUUCGCCAGAACUUCCCCACAACAGAAACUCAUCAUCGUAGAGGGCUGCCAGCGACAGGGCGCCAUCGUAGCCGUGACAGGUGACGGCGUGAACGACUCUCCUGCUCUGAAGAAGGCCGACAUCGGUGUGGCCAUGGGAAUCUCCGGCUCUGAUGUGUCCAAACAGGCUGCAGACAUGAUCCUGUUGGAUGACAACUUCGCAUCUAUCGUCACAGGAGUGGAGGAAGGCCGCUUGAUCUUUGAUAACCUCAAAAAAUCCAUCGCCUACACACUCACAAGCAACAUCCCAGAAAUCACACCCUUCCUGCUCUUCAUCAUCGUCAACAUCCCCCUGCCACUGGGAACCAUCACCAUCCUGUGUAUCGACCUGGGAACUGACAUGGUUCCAGCCAUCUCCCUGGCCUAUGAGGCCGCAGAGAGCGACAUCAUGAAGCGUCAGCCCAGGAACCCAUUCAGGGACAAGCUGGUGAACGAGAGGCUUAUCAGCAUCGCCUACGGACAAAUUGGAAUGAUCCAGGCUCUUGGAGGCUUCUUCGCCUACUUUGUCAUCUUAGCUGAAAAUGGCUUCCUGCCCACUCGACUGGUCGGCAUCAGGCUGGAUUGGGACGACCGCUCUACCAACGACCUGGAAGACAGUUAUGGACAACAGUGGACAUACGAGCAGAGGAAGAUCGUGGAGUUCACUUGCCACACAGCCUUCUUUGUCAGCAUUGUAGUGGUGCAGUGGGCUGAUGUCAUCGUCUGCAAGACCAGGCGUAACUCUGUGUUCCAGCAGGGCAUGAAGAACAAGAUCUUGAUCUUCGGCCUGUUUGAAGAGACAGCCCUGGCUGCCUUCCUGUCCUACUGCCCAGGCAUGGAUGUGGCACUGAGGAUGUAUCCUCUAAAACCCAGCUGGUGGUUCUGUGCAUUCCCAUAUAGUUUUCUCAUCUUUGUUUAUGAUGAAGUCCGAAAACUGCUCAUCCGCAGGAAUCCUGGAGGUUGGGUGGAAAGGGAGACAUACUAUUGAUCGACGGAGCGUCUCUGCUCAAACCCCCCUCCUCCUCCACUUAUUUCUCCCUCCCGUCACUCCAUCCCCGGCAAGACACACCUUCAGACGCCCCGCCCCCCCGCCCCACUAAAAGACAGAAACCGCUUUGAAGCAAUUUUCAUCAAAACUGCCCCAAAGAUUAAAAACAGCAAAAGCACCUUUACAACUUUCUACACUGACCCGCCCCCCCCCUUACUCCCAUCUCCUAUGAUACUCUUUGCAUGUGUUCUCUCACUGCUGUGUACAUAAACCAAUAUAUCUACCAAACGGCAGCUGCAUAUUGUGUAUGUAGAUUUGAAUGAGCUAAGGAUACAAAGGGAGUGUCUAUGCUCUGCAAAAAGGGCCAUCCAGCUCCUCUCCCCCCCCUCCCCCCCGCUCUCCCGCGUCUCCCUGUACCGCCGCUCCUCUCUCCUCUCUCCUCUCCCUGCUCGCCAUCCCUUUGCUUGUCCUCCAAUCACACACACACAUAUAAAGAUCACACGGUGAGAUCCCACCGCCGACACCACAUCGACUGCCACCUCUUGCCUCCGUCUCAUGUCUGUGGAGGACCAGUGGAGUGUCCAUCUCCCUGUUGUUCUCGCUGGCGUCCAUUUUACCUUCUCCUCUGUUUCUCAACGGCCACUGUGUUGUUGUUAUUUUGAUAUAUGUGGGCUAGGGGGAGGGGGGGUGACAAUGGUUUUACCUGUCUUUAUUUUUUUUUAGUUUCCAAAACGGGAGGGUGGGUAUGUGAGAGCUGCUUUUCCUCAUUUAGGCCUAACAAAGCACACCCCAUGGCGUCCUGUCCCUCCUCUCUCCCCCUCUGUCUCUCACACCCCUGCCCUCCCCUCCCUCCCUCCCUCCCUCCCGCCCCCUGUUUGUCUCUGUUUGUGUGCACUGUGUGAACCAUCGUCCUUGUUAUUAACUAUUACAGUACACCCACCCCCAAGUUGGUAAAUGCAACUCAAUCUUUCUGUGUGCUCUAGGAAAUCUAUAUAAUUCUAUACUGAAUUUAAAUGAAACAAUAAAAAAAAAACAUGUUGAAAAAACAGCUCAAGAGAGACACUCAUGAGGAAGAACAUUAACAAAACUGUUGAGAUAGGAAAAAGUGAGAGACACGCGUCUCUCGCUUUAUUUUCUUUGUUUGGUUUCAAUUAUUUUUUUGCUGGUUUUCCAGGAGGCUACUGUAAAAAUGUAACAGCAGAGCAGGGUUUUAGAUUCGUGUUUCUAAGGCUGUCAGGUUCCUAUCACUGCAGGUGUGUGUCGGUAUGAUGUGGUGCAGUGUGUUGUGCUGUGGUGAGUGGUGAUGAUGCGUCCAUGUGCCCGGGGCCUGUUAACCGGACUGGAUCCAGGCCUGGUUCCCUCCAGGUCCUGGCGCCCGUCUGUUCUGACCCGGGUCUGCGUGCAUGUUUGUGUUGGGGACCAGUGAAGGGCCAGCGGUCUCAGGCUGAAUCUAUCUCAGAUGGCUGAAAGGGUUGAAAUUCAAGAAAAAAAAUAAAUGAAAUAAAAACACAACUAGUAGAACAUGUGUGUCAAAUACAUGAAACCAACACCAAUAAAACAUCUAGAACAUUUAUUACAACUCA